AUGUUUUUCUCCACCGAGCUUCUGUCAAAGCGCGAUAAUGGCUUUGGUCUCCUCUGGCUAGUCAAAGAAGCUUUGCUCGCUGCUACUCUUGGCUCAAAGUCGUCCUUCAAGAAACUACCGCGUCGUUCAAUUCAGACUGCAGACAUUCCUCAGCUAUGCGAUCUCAUAUCUCAUCCCUCCGAACCGCUCGCUCUACGACUUUCAAGUAACCUUAUGGUCGGCGUCGCUAGUUCGAGACUUGUGCAUAAUCCAGAUACCAGUCCGGAUGCUCUAACAUUGACGGCGGACCCAGCGGUUGCUAUUGCUUUUGAGUUUGACGCGUUUGAUGCCAAUUGGGCCGAUCUUUCAACAUUUAGUACACAACGCCAAAGAGACGCCGAAGAAGACGAUGAAUUUACGCUUGAGGGCCAGAGGUCGAAGGCCAAGCCCAAAGGCAAAUCAAAGACAUCUUUAAUCCCCUCUGAGACGGCUAGAGCAAACUUGCAUACACUCGACGAGAGUCACGAGCUCCUCCUAUCCACCUCGUUCGAGGCAAACGGGUCCUUUCUUGCUGGUUUUGAUCCAUCGUCUUCUCAAGUCGACCCCGCUAUGCGCUUCGGGUCUUUUGCCUUUGAUGAUAAUUUAUUCGGAGCAGGAGAUCAUUUUGAUCUGGGUUUGGGUGACAUCGGCGACGAGCUCGCGCGUGAGCUCGGCGAAGGCUGGGGAGCUGAUGCCCCAAACGUUUCAUUUGACGUGCCAAUGCAGAAUGAUGGGCAAGACGGGUUUGACAUGUUCCUCGAUCCUGACGGCUAUAAUCCGAAUGAGCAAGUUGCGGCGAAGGAUGCGAAAUCCAAGUCUGUUCAGGGCAGAAAGCGGCCGUUCGUGGAAUCCGAUAAAGAAAAUCUGCCACCAGCAUUGAACAAUGAUCAAGCUCCGACGCCACGUUCCAUUCUCACCCAUCUUAGCCAAGCCUCUGCACCGCGUUCUUUCGCCGAAGAGCUCAUCGCAAUUGAUAACCUUGCAGAGUUUCCUAAGGCCGUUGAAGGCCAUCCUACCACCGGAGAUCAUGCAACUCGUAAAAAGAAGAAAGUUAGGAUCCUUUUGGACGGAAGAAUCGAGUUGACCGACGAGGAGCUGAAGGCAGCUCGUGCGGAUUAUGUCAAUGAUCAACGAGCCAUUCGCCGUGACAUGGAGAGAAAGAAGUUCGAAAAAGACGGCACCAAGGCUCUUGAGGACUUGAUAUGGGGUAUUCCUGAAGGCUGUGAGAAGUUCUUCCUACCUUGCUGGUUUUGUUCACUCAUCCCCACCCUUCAGUUGCUGCUCCAGCUCUUGUCAACUUUUGGUCUGAAAUCUUCAAACUACAAGUGGAAUCUAGAUCCGGAAAUCUUCAUUCAGCUGACCUUGGCAUAUGAGCGACCUACCAAGCGCCGGAAGAAGGCGAGUAUCACAGAAGGCCCACACAAUCAGCAGGAUAUCUUUGAUGGAGCAGGGUAUUUCGGUGGCGAUGAUUACCAGCCUAUGGACUUUGGGAUGGGUUCGUACAUGCCUCCACUGUCAUGCGUUAACUUGCCGAUAUCUCGGGCGUUAGAUGUCGACUUCAAUGCGCCUGUCAAUUUCGGCGACGCGACUCGUCUUCGCUCUUCAGAGGAACCUGAACGAGGAAGAGAUGCCGCUGCUCCUACUAGCCACUUCGGACUUGAUGUUGAGGCUCUCAAUCCCAGUUCGGGAACUCAGCGCACUGCAUUCUUUCCUUGGGACAAUGCAGCCGGAACUUCCUCAUCUGCUGGAGCAGGCUUCGUUCCAGUUGGCGACAAAGGCAGCGAUCGCUUGAGCUUAGACAAGGUAGAUGUCCGUAUCCAGCGCUCACGGUCGCGAUCGGGCAGUAGAGAAGCAUCGUUUUCAGCUGCGCGAAGCCAAAACGGUAGCUUGGCUGGCCUGAACUUCCGAAUGUCUCCUAGUGGGCAACACGGCUCAGGUUUCGGUGAUGACUUCCAAUUUGACGUGACCAACGAUAGAGUCCCUGCUCAAGACACCCAAGAAGCCGAAAACGUCGUCACUAUUGAACGGACAUCUUACAAUUUCCUCGAAUAUUGUAAGAUGCAAGCACAGGUGCUACCAUCCGGACAAACGUCGCUCGCAUUUAGCGAUGUGGUUCCCUCCACUACAAGCUCGCGUCGUGUAGCCGCGGCUGCUUUCCAUCAUUGCCUUGGUACGUUCAGUGCUAGCGAUUCUCUGACAUACGCUUCUGGAGCAUUGCGAUCACCACCACUUUCGGUGCUUUGA